UAAAACGGGCCAAAACCUUCAUUGAUUGUGCCAACACCAAGCGAGCAAAGCUUUCAAAUCUUCUAAACUCUAUCCCCCCCACCCCAGAAAAAAAAAAACAACAACAACAACAGCAACUUUUUGAUAAUUAGUUAGCUUCUUUAAUUUCUAGCAAUGGCGUUGAGGAAAACCUUGGCAGAGAAGCUUUUUAAUAUUUCGAAAAUUUCUUCGCAAGCUGUUACUAACUGCCGGAUUUCCUCACCGACGGUUCAGAAGCGGAUCGCAAGAAAAACGGGGAAAGCAGCAACCGGUAUGACGGUGGAUCCAGUAGAUGCUAAGGGUAACGGCCAUGGCAUGUUCAGGCGGUUUCUUCAUAAAGGAUCUAUGGCUUCACCGGCGAUGAGGAAGUUACCGAUGGGGGAGAAUUUAAUGGAGAGAUUAAGGGAAAUCGAUGUGUCCAGGGAUCGCAUCCGGUUAGACGGGUUGAGCUCGCACUUGGAGGCGAAAUCGGCGGUUUCGGAGCUGCCUGCACUGUCCGUUCGGGAAGCGAAGAAGUUGUUAAAGGUGGCGCAGUUGGAAGUGGUGAAAACGAAGCUGAGAGAGACAGGGAAAAUCUGGAUUUCUUAUUCCGACUUUCUUCGGAUUUGCGGAGAAAGUUGUUCGGAUCAUGAACAAGGAUUGCAGUUUGCGAAAUUGCUAGAUGAAUCAGGAACCGUCGUCGUAUUAGGAAACAUCGUCGUUUUACGAUCGGAACAGGUAGCAAAAGCACUUGGUGGUCUAAUUCCUUUAUCUAGAUCAAACCCGAAUGAUCCCAGAAGAAAAGAACUGGCUGCGCUAGAAAAGGAGAAAGCAAUAAUCGAUUCAAAAGCCGAUUCCCUGGUCCGUCGCGAACUCUGGCUUGGCCUGGCAUUCAUGGUGGUCCAAACAGCCGGGUUCAUGAGGCUAACCUUUUGGGAACUCACAUGGGACGUGAUGGAACCCAUCUGUUUCUACGUCACCUCCAUGUAUUUCAUGGCUGGAUAUGCAUUUUUCCUCAGGACAUCCAAAGAACCUUCUUUUGAAGGGUUUUAUAAGAGCAGGUUCAGCACAAAGCAAAGGCAGCUGAUCAAGGCAUACAAUUUUGAUAUCCAGAGGUAUAAUGAGCUCAAAGCAAUGUUCCCAUCCACAGUGGAAGAAGAAUUACAGGUCUCAUCGGCGGCCUCCUUUGAUUAUUCUGAAAAGAUGCAGAUUGGUGCUUUGGACCAUUGAUGAUCCGAAACAUGUUAAAAAGCAAAAACAAAAAGAUGAAUACAAAAUAACACAAUUUUGUUUUAGGAUUAGGCGCGGCUUUCUGUAACAUUCUGUUGAAGAGUUUUUCAUUUGUUUAAACAUAUGAAAGAUUGGAACUAAUAAAAACUUUAUCCCCAUUGAUUUUUAAGCAAA